AUGAAGUCUGAAAUUAAUUCCAACUCAACAUUCAAUCUGAGCACAUUUACAGAUGAACCAAGAACUGGACUCUCUAGAACGGGGCACACCAUUGUGGCAGUUUUUCUUGGACUCAUAUUACUUUUUGGGUUCAUAAAUAACUUGAUUGUCCUCAUCCUCUUCUGCAAAUUUAAAACCUUGCGCAACCCUGUGAACAUGCUGCUGCUGAACAUUAGUGCCAGUGAUAUGCUGGUCUGCAUCUCUGGUACAACAUUCAGCUUCAUAUCCAACAUCUAUGGCAAAUGGAUUGGGGGGGAAUAUGGCUGCAGGUGGUACGGCUUUGUCAAUUCCUGUUUUGGUAUUGUGUCCCUGAACUCGCUGGCCAUCCUGUCUUAUGAACGUUACAGCACCCUCACCCUUACAAAUAAACGUGGCUCUGACUACCAGAAGGCACUGCUAGGAGUUGGAGGCUCCUGGCUCUAUUCUCUCAUUUGGACAGUCCCCCCUCUCAUUGGCUGGAGCAGCUAUGGGCUUGAGGGGGCAGGUACCAGCUGUUCGGUCCGAUGGACUUCUGAAUCACCAGAGUCGGUGUCCUAUAUCAUCUGUCUCUUCAUAUUCUGCUUAGUCAUCCCUGUAAUGAUCAUGAUCUACUGCUAUGCCCGCCUCUUUUAUGCUGUCAAACAGGUUGGGAAAAUCCGGAAGACUUCUGCCCGUAAAAGAGAAUUCCAUGUACUCUUCAUGGUGAUCACAACCAUCAUCUGUUACCUGAUUUGUUGGAUGCCCUAUGGAGUUAUAGCACUCCUUGCAACGUUUGGUAGGCCAGGCUUGGUGUCUCCAGUAGCAAGUGUCAUACCAUCCAUCCUGGCGAAAAGCAGUACCGUGUGCAAUCCAAUCAUCUAUAUCCUUAUGAAUAAGCAGUUCUAUAAAUGCUUUCUUGUGCUUUUCCGCUGCAAACCUCCUUCAGCUGCUGAUGGAGAAACUAUAUGCCAGUCAAAGGUCAUGGCCAUCCGGUUAAACCAGAAAGCAGAAGGUGGAGUUACAUGCAACAGCCAAGUACUUCCACAAACAGAUGAAAAAAUGGUCUGCCUCCUCAGCCCAGAGUCCAGCAUGGAGCCAGUUUCAGAGAACACACCACAGCUGUCCAAGGAAAAUUCACUCUUGUGA